UCUGGAGCCGGAGCCUGCUGCAGGCGCGCUCGCUGAUUGCGGCAGUGGUCAGCUUCUUUCAGCAAAAUAAUCACUUUUUUAACAUUUUUAUUCCCGCAUGCUGUUUUCUUUUCUUUUCUACAUUUCAAGUGCUGUCAAAUCAUAGCCUUAACCGACAUGGUCUAUCGUCGAUCCAGUAGGUUCUCCUAGCUAAAGGGGUGGAUGGUUAUUCAGAGAUUAUACGCUCCUCAUCAUCAAACGGUGGGUACUCCGCUCCGGCGUCAUGCACAGCCACACUGCCAGGGAUGCAGCGCUAUAUCAAGGCAUAUAGAAUCAGGCCUACUUGUUAAACCCCCCCCGACCAAACCACCUCCCCUCAAUGAGAAUAUCGUCGUGAUGGCCAAUGAAGAUGAACAACAACAACAUGGUCAGCUGAAGCUCAACUCGGUAUUGGGCUCUUUUCCAACACUAGUACCAGAACUCCAGGGCCCUGAGGCCAAUGCGUUGCAGUACAAAAUUAAGAAUUCAAUUUGCAAGUCUGUCCAGUCAAAAGUGGACAACAUAUUGCAAGAUGUUGAGAAGUUUACAGACAUCGAAAAACUCUACCUCUACUUGAAGUUGCCUUCUGGUCCCAGCAAUGGCAAUGAUAAAGGCAUCGCUAGGACUGAGAACCAGAGAGCCUCCACUCCGGGACUAUGUGACCAGAGUGGCAUGUCGUCCAGCCGAACACAGCAGAUGUACGCUUUCAACUGGAUCCGCAAUCACCUAGAGGAGCACCCUGAGACAUCACUGCCAAAGCAAGAGGUGUACGACGAGUACAAGAGCUACUGUGACAGUCUUGCCUACCACCCACUGAGUGCUGCAGACUUUGGAAAGAUCAUGAAGAACGUCUUUCCCAACAUGAAGGCUCGCCGCCUGGGCAUGAGAGGCAAAUCUAAAUACUGUUAUAGUGGACUGAGGAAAAAAGCUUUUGUUCACAUGCCCUCUCUGCCCAACCUGGACUUACAUAAAUCAGGCGACGGGUGUGAGUCGAUGGAGCCGUCGUCGGGCCAGUCUCCCAGUGCGGAGGAUGAGAUGCGCUCAGCGGCCUGUGGCUUGGUGUGUGAGUGGGCUCAGAAGGUCCUCAGCAGACAGUUUGAUGCCGUGGAGGACCUGGCUCGCUUCCUGCUCAACAGUCACUACAUAGGAACCAAGUCUAUGGCUGCCCUCACCAUCAUGACUGGGGCUCCCACAGGUCUGAAGACGCCCACGCCAACCUCUGCGUUCGUGCCCACGUCCGAGGCCUCGUCCUUCCAGCCGCAGGUGAAGACGCUGGCCUCUCCCUCGGUGGACGCCAAGCAGCAGCUCCAGAGGAAGACCCAGAAGAAACAGCAGGAGCAGAAGCUCCGGUCCCCCCUGCCUGGAGAGGCCCAGGGACAGAACCAGGCCAGGAGGACCGAGGCCAGCACCCCAGGGCCAGCUAUCCCCUGUGGAAGUCCUGCCCUGCUUUCACCGCAACCUACCAUUGGUAUUGUGGUGGCAACCGUCCCCAGCCCCAUCACGGUCCAGAGGAGCAGGCAGCUGAUGACAUCCCCUAGCCCGGUGGCGUCCGCCGAGGGGAAGGUCAUGCCAACGGUUAACUUCCAGGUGGUCACCCACACCCAGUCUCUGACCCACAGACAGUCCCCUAAAACGCCCCAGAACAUCUCAGCCAGCCCCGUGGGAGACCGCCUGGCUAGGCACAGGUACCCCCAGAUCCUCCCCAAGCCCUCUGCCACGGGGGCCAUCACCCUGCGUUCGCCCCCCACCCUGCUCAUCACCAACAGCCCCAUGAAAACCCACCACGUGAUCCAGCCCCAGCUCAGCUCCCACGUCAACGUGGUCAAGAUGACCGCCAUCUCCCUGACCCCGAGCAACACUAUCAGUACCAGCAGUAACAGUAUGGUCCUCAGGCCAGCUUCAGCCUCGGCCGGGGUGGGAACCACCACCACCUUUACCACCAUCGCUACCAUAGAGGAGGUCCAGCAACAGGGACAGAGCCAGGGAGGCCCCACAGCCACCCCACAAUGCCCUGCAGUACGGCCUGGCGCCCCAGUCUCCACAGUGGCUCCUGAGGCCAUCAUCACUGACAAUAACCCGGGCGUUAAUUCUGGUAAACUGAGCACCAUACAGAAGUCCCCCGGUGGGUCCAAUCGUCCAGAGAGGGCCACUAAGUACCGAGCGUCCAGCGAACCCUCGCUCCUGGUCAUAUGCUCCCCAGGACCUGAAAGAGUUGCCGCCAGGACCAAAAGCUACCCUUCCUCUAGCUCCCCUCCCACCUCUGCCACCAAUGCAGCGACCAAGCAGGACAGCAAUAACAACAGCAGCACCGCCAACUGUCACCAAGAAAGUCCUUUUUAUUUGACUGUUGUGCCCUCGGCCAAUCAGAACACUCCUAGCGUCAGUGGAAAGUCCUCCUCGUCCAAUGGCUUAUCGGCUGUUACCCUAUUGUCUGCUAGAGACUCCUCCUCCUGUGCGUCACGUUCUAUGAGUCCUCGGAAGCGAACCGGCCCUGGUCUGGAUUCCUCCCACGUGAUCCCUGUGAAGCGUGUCUUCAUCUCCCAGCAACCUUUAGGUGUGACCUUUGACCCCAAACCAGUGGUUACCGCCGCUGUCAAGAGGGUCCCAGCCAGACAAAGCACGCCGGCCCGACCGGAGAGCGCCCCCUGUCGAGUGACGGUGAAACAACACCUAGUGCCCACGCAGAUCCUGGCGCCGUCUGACUCGCCCGUCGCGAACGCAGAGAUCUCCUCCUUCUCCUCUCAGACAGUCAGUGUGAAGCCCCAGUCCUCCUCGUUGCUGCUAGUUAAACAGGAAGACCAGUCCUCUCUAACUCCACGUCUCAGCACUGUCAGCAGUCACACCAGCAGCACUGAAGCCUCUGGGACAACCACCACCGCAGUGUCUGAGCAGCAGCAGCAACAACAGCAGAAACAACAGCAACAGGCCUUACUACAGCAGAUCACAGCAGGGACAGUAGGAGCACAGCAACACUCUGUCUCUGUGAUGGCAGUAGGGGCACAGCAACACUCUGAGGUCUCUGCGAUGGCAGUAGGAGCACAGCAACACCCUGAGGUCUCUGGGAUGGCAGUAGGGGCACAGCAACACCCUGAGGUCUCUGGGAUGGCAGUAGGGGCACAGCAACACUCUGUCUCUGUGAUGGCAGUAGGGGCACAGCAACACUCUGUCUCUGUGAUGGCAGUAGGAGCACAGCAACACUCUGAGGUCUCUGUGAUGGCAGUAGGGGCACAGCAACACCCUGUCUCUGUGAUGGCAGUAGGGGCACAGCAACACCCUGAGGUCUCUGUGAUGGCAGUAGGGGCACAGCAACACCCUGUCUCUGUGAUGGCAGUAGGAGCACAACAACACUCUGUCUCUGGGAUGGCAGUAGGAGCACAGCAACACUCUGAGGUCUCUGCGAUGGCAGUAGGAGCACAGCAACACUCUGUCUCUGUGAUGGCAGUAGGGGCACAGCAACACUCUGUCUCUGUGAUGGGGAACAUGACAAGCACAAUGUUGGAAGAGUCAGCUGUAGGAUAUGUGGAGGAGCUGCAGAAACAGGCCUUCACUCAGACUAUCGCAGCAGACCACACCAAGCAGCAGGCCCUGGAUUCUACAGACCAACACCAACUCUCCAACAUCAUGUCCCAGACCUCAGACUCCUCUGAUCAGUUAUCUGGCCUUCACCAGGAGAUGGUGCACUUUGCCUCCUCAGCCUCCCAGCACGGCUCCACCAUGGACUACUUCUCCUUUAACGAUGACGAUAUGACCCAGGACAGCAUAGUGGAGGAACUGGUUCAGAUGGAAGAACAGAUGAAGCUGAAAGGCCUCCAGCCGUUGUUCAGUACCUGUGUGGAUAAUAUCUCUCUCCAGGGCCAGCCUGGGGGCCCCCAGGGGUCCAUCCUCAACACUCACCACCAGGAGGAUAGUUCCUCUUUCUACCAGUCUGCCCAUAGCAGCAUUACCCCUACCCUGACUCCAACCCCUACCCCCACGGAGAUGACUCUCGGUGGGCAUGAGCUGACCAGAGAGAGCCCCUGUUGCCAUCACAGCAUGGCCCCUAUCACGCCCGUGGAGGGGCCUCUAGGAGGACGACACACCCCUAUAAGCGCUCUGUCUAACUGUUCUAGCGGCAUCCCGCCCAGCCCGGUGGAGUGCAGGAACCCGUUUGCCUUCACCCCUAUCAACUCCAGCAUGGCAGGGGGUUACCACGAUGCCUCCGUGGUGUCUGUCUCCUCCAGUCCCAUCAAGCCCAUGCAGAGACCCAUGGCCACGCACCCUGAUAAGGCUAAACUGGAGUGGAUCAACAACCGCUAUAACAGUAGUGGUACUGAAGCUACUGGAGGAGUCGGAGCAGGGUCAGGUUCCGGGGUAUCCAUCUCUAACCACAGCCUUGGUGGACUCCUGCCUAGUUACCAGGAUCUAGUGGAUGACCAUUUCCGUAAGCCGCACGCCUUCGCUGUCCCGGGCCACAGUGGCCAGUGUUUCCAGGCCCAGUCCAGACAGCAGGACGGCAGCCAUUUUGGACAUCUCACCCCCAUCUCUCCGGUGCAACAGCAGUUGACCAGCGUAUCAACCACACCCACCAACACGGCAAGCAAACAGGACGAGAGCUUCGCUGUGCCCGCCCCUUUGGACAGCAAGGGUGGAGCCUUGCCAUCAGGGGGCGGGGCCUUCCGUUGCCGCAGCGUCAGCCCCGCCGUGAGUCAGAUGACCUUCAGCGGUACCGUCACAACCCCCAACGCCGGCACUACCACUCGAUUGGUUGUCUCGCAGUUUAGUUCCCCCAUGACCUCACAGGAAAUACUCAUCAUUCUGUCCAACAGCCAAUCGGUGGGCGGCAACCUCCACAGCAUGGCCCAGCGCAGCCAAUCGGUGCCCUUAAACAUCAUGAUGCAGAGCGUUGUGGAGAUGCAGGGCAUCCAGGGACAAAACCAGAGUAAUGCCACUAAGAUCACCAACGUCCUCCUGAGUAAGAUGGACUCUGACGUAAACGACACUGUGAGGGGCCUGGGCAUCAACAACCUCCCUUCCAACUAUACCGCCCGCAUGAACCUCACCCAGAUGCUGGAGACCCAGUCUCAGAGUCAGACUGUCCCUGGGGGCUUCACCACUGGAGGAGAUGGAGGAGGAGGGGGGAACGCCCACCAGUCUCAGCUGCAGACUGUCAGCUCCAGCCCUGCCUCUUUCGAGCUCCAGCAGCACGGGGGUUAUCUCACCAGUACCGGAGGAGACGGUGGGGAGGUGAGCUUCAACCAAGCACAAUCAGGCCCUGGUGGUGAGGAUGUGGACCUGGAGCUACAGCAGAUCCAGGAGCUUCAGGAGGCCUCAGGACAGCUCCAUCCCCAGCUACUACAAACCCAGGCUAUGCUGCUCCAGGACCCCCAGCUCCAGAAUCCCAAGCUCCACACUCCCCAGGCCCAGCUCCAGAGUCCCCAGCUCCAGAGCCCCCAGCUCCAUACUCCCCAGGCCCAGCUCCACACUCCCCAGGCCCAGCUCCACACUCCCCAGGCCCAGCUCCACAUUCCCCAGGCCCAGCUCCACAUUCCCCAGGCCCAGCUCCACAUUCCCCAGGCCCAGCUCCACAUUCCCCAGGCCCAGCUCCAGAGUCCACACACCCAGCUCCACAUUCCCCACACCCAGCUCCACAUUCCCCACACCCAGCUCCAGAGUCCCCACACCCAGCUCCAGAGUCCCCACACCCAGCUCCAGAGUCCCCACACCCAGCUCCAGAGUCCCCACACCCAGCUCCAGAGUCCCCACACCCAGCUCCAGAGUCCCCAGCUCCAGAGUCCCCAGCUCCAGAGCCCAGCUCCAGAGUCCCCGCACCCAGCUCCAGAGUCCCCGCACCCAGCUCCAGAGUCCCCGCACCCAGCUCCAGAGUCCCCGCGCCCAGCUCCAGAGUCCCCGCGCCCAGCUCCAGAGUCCCCAGGCCCAGCUCCAGAGUCCCCAGCUCCAGAGUCCCCACACCCAGCUCCAGAGUCCCCACACCCAGCUCCAGAGUCCCCAGCUACAGAGUCCCCAGCUACAGAUUCCCCACACCCAGCUCCAGAGUCCCCAGCCCCAGAGUCCCCAGCUCCACAUUCCCCAGGCCCAGCUCCAGAGUCCCCAGCUCCAGAGUCCCCACACCCAGCUCCAGAGUCCUCACACCCAGCUCCAGAGUCCCCACACCCAGCUCCAGAGGCCCCAGCUCCACAUUCCCCAGGCCCAGCUCCAGAGUCCCCAGCUCCAGAGUCCCCACACCCAGCUCCAGAGUCCCCAGCCCCAGAGGCCCCAGCUCCACAUUCCCCACACCCAGCUCCAGAGCCCCCACUCCAGAGUCCCCACACCCAGCUCCAGAGUCCCCACACCCAGCUCCAGAGUCCCCACACCCAGCUCCAGAGUCCCCACACCCAGCUCCAGAGUCCCCAGCUCCAGAGUCCCCAGCUCCAGAGUCCCCAGCUCCAGAGUCCCCAGCUCCAGAGUCCCCAGCUACAGAGUCCCCAGCUACAGUUUCCCCACACCCAGCUCCAGAGUCCCCACACCCAGCUCCAGAGUUCCCAGCUCCAGAGUUCCCAGGCCCAGCUCCACAUUCCCCACACCCAGCUCCAGAGUCCCCAGCCCCAGAGGCCCCAGCUCCACAUUCCCCAUGCCCAGCUCCAGAGUCCCCAGCUCCAGAGUCCCCACACCCAGCUCCAGAGUCCCCACACCCAGCUCCAGAGUCCCCACACCCAGCUCCAGAGUCCCCAGCCCCAGCUCCACAUUCCCCAGGCCCAGCUCCAGAGUCCCCAGCUCCAGAGUCCCCACACCCAGCUCCAGAGUACCCACACCCUGCUCCAGAGUACCCACACCCAGCUCCAGAGUCCCCAGCUACAGAUUCCCCACACCCAGCUCCAUAGUCCCCACACCCAGCUCCAGAGUUCCCAGCUCCAGAGUUCCCAGGCCCAGCUCCACAUUCCCCACACCCAGCUCCAGAGUCCCCACACCCAGCCCCAGAGGCCCCAGCUCCACAUUCCCCAGGCCCAGCUCCAGAGUCCCCAGCUCCAGAGUCCCCAGCUCCAGAGUCCCCAGGCCGGGUUCCGACUCCUCCAGCCCAUCACCACCCAGCAGCAGCAACAACAACAGGAUGAAGAAGACAAGGCACAACAACAGGAUGAAGAAGACAAGGCACAACAACAGCUAGACUUCAGCAACACUGUUAAAGACCUGUUAGGUGACGACGGCCUCAACGUCCACGCUGAAGGCCUCAACGUCCACGCUGAAGGCCUCAACGUCCACGCUGAAGGCCUCAACCCUAGCUCUCAGCUGGUUGGUCAGGUGGCCUCGGAACUCAACGCCGCUGUGGCUUCCGACUUCACCAACGACAUCAGGCUGAUCUCUGACCUCUCCAGUAGCAUCACAGACCUGAACACGUUGGACGCCGACCUGCUGUUCGAUCCGUCCAAUCAGCAGCAAGAACAGUACGAAGACGCCACACUGGAAGAGCUGAAGAACGAUCCUCUGUUUCAGCAGAUAUGUAGUGAUACUGUGAACUCCUCGUUCGACUGGCUGGAGUGCAAAGACCAGCCUACUACCGUAGAGAUGUUGGGCUAAUGAUGUUAUUGUGUGUGAACAAAUUGAAGCUCAUUCCCUUAUAUAGUUUACUAUGGGUCUUUGUCUAUUGGCCCUAGUCAGAAGCAGUGUACAAUAUAGGGACUAGGGUGUGUCAAUUCAGAUACAGACUGGCUUAAAAUAAAUACGUAUAUUUAUGGGGUUUUGUUUUUUUCUUGUUUCGUCAGGGGAAGAAAAAAACUUCUGGACUCUCGGCCGUUUGUCCAGGGAAAAGUGCCAUCCUAACCUGAAUCUCUUUUAUUGUUACGAUAUCUGAAUCACAAACAUUACCUCUUAAUUUCACCUUCCUAUGAAAUCAUCAAUGAGUAUAUUUCAAGUGAGGGAAGAUAUGGUCUGUGAGACGUGGACUGGGAGACGUGGUCAGUGAGACGUGGACUGGGAGACGUGGUCAGCGAGACGUGGUCAGCGAGACGUGGUCAGCGAGACGUGGUCAGCGAGACGUGGUCAGCGAGAUGUGGACUGGGACACGUGGUCAGCGAGACGUGGUCUGCCAGAUGUGGACAGUGAGACGUGGUCUGUGAGACCUGGUCUGCAAGACGUGGUCAGCCAGACGUGGUCUGCCAGACGUGGACAGUGACAUGUGGUCAGUGAGACGUGGUCUGCCAGACGUGGACAGUGAGACGUGGUCAGCGAGACGUGGUCAGCGAGACGUGGACAGUGAGACGCGGUCUGCCAGACGUGGACAGUGAGACGCGGUCUGCCAGACGCGGUCUGCCAGACGUGGUCAGCCAGACGUGGUCUGCCAGACGUGGUCUGUGAGACGUGGUCUGCCAGACGUGGUCUGUGAGACGUGGUCAGUGAGAUGUGGUCUGUGUCUGAAAUGCCAACCGAGGGUUCUGAUCAAGAGUACUGCACUAUAUGGAGUAGGGGUCCAUUUCAGUGGCAGACUUGUUAUUGGGGGUAGAUUUCCCAAGGUACAGUAUAAUGAACAUCACACAGUUAAACCACAUCUUCCUAUGUUGUGUGUACUCAUUCAAUAAUGCAAUAGUUUUAUUCAGAAAUCAUCUAACACAUAGGACAUCUGGCGCAAAAUCACACAAUCACAUAAUCACACAUAAUCACAUAAUCACACUCACAUAAUCACACUCACAUAAUCACACUCACAUAAUCACAUAAUCAC